CAACCCAAUCUAUCCUAUUUUUGCUCUUUUUUUACCCCAGCUUUAUACUACUAUGUCUAAAUCCAUUCAGUACUUAGCCGACCAUUUAGAAGCAGUUUUCGAAUUGAAAAAGAUAGAUAACGAUGCAGAACGCCUAAACAUACUCUAUGCCAUAAUGGAAAAAGAGUGGCACAUGAUUGAGUUACGCGAUGCUUUAAGAGCUAUUCGUGAGAAAGGCGAGAAAGAGUCUUGGGAAAGUGUGAAGAAGGAACUUCUAGAACGUGCCCAAGAGAAAGGAAACGACCGAGAGGAGCGAGACUGGAAGCCCAGAUGUUAUACCUGCCGAGAAAUUGGACAUAUUUCCAAAGACUGCCGGGCUCCUAGAUCUAGAUACUAG